AUGACAACUUCGGACACAUCCGAUUCCACCGAUCAAUCUGAACUGGUCAAAGAUUCGAUUGAAUGGACUUUGUGGAAGCGUGGCAUGCGAUUGUCCAUAGCCAAUGGACAAAUUGGUCUGGCUCGUCUCCAGCAGUUCACUCGUGGACCUUGUGCGCUGCAUCGGCCUCCCUGGACAAGUCGCUGCCUGGAUGAAACAUCGCGACUUCCACGAUUUCGAGAUGGCCUGCAGAUGGUCUUUGAAUCAGACGAGUGGGAAGAAUUGACCGCAACCGAAGGAGAAGAGCUGAAUCCGGACUGUGAGGCACACGAUUCAGAGACCGGAAUUACCGGAUUCCGACAGUCGGUACCGCGGAAUUCCAACACAGCUCAUACUUACCGCUCGGGAGUGGUUGGCGCGGCAAGAAGCACAUAUCAGGAUCGUGAGGUACGGUUGCUUCGUUGGAUCAACCGUCCACCCUCGUGUCCGACCGUUGACCAUACAGCCCAGUUGAAUCCUGAAUCGUCUCAACCAAAUCUGCAGCCAGUGAAUAUUACGGAAUCACACCCGGCCUCCAUGUUUGCGUUCCAUCAGCCUGGAGAAUUAAUUCAUGAAGAUUAUAGUAAGUCAUAUUCUUUAUAA